AUGGUAACAACGUCUACCGCACCCCCCACUCCCGCGGCGCCCAAAGUGGGUGCUCCCGAGGAACCAGUUGUCGAGGCAGCUCCCAUCGCGGGCGGACCCGAGUUGACUACCCGUGAAAAUGAAUCCCCGGAGCAACCAGCUCCCCCCAUCGUCGACCCCGCCGAACCCGAGCUAAACCUACGCGACCACCUCCCCCCCGACGCCCACUUCCACGACGAGAACCGUGAGCUGUGGUCCACAGCCCUCGACAAGAUGCUCCUCUCCCGCACUCCCCAACUAACCUUCACACACCUCUCGCACCUCUUCCGCCGGAGCCCGCUCAACCCCCGCAUCCCAAUCUUCUACCAAGCCGUCGCGCACAGCGUCUCCAGACGCCACGUCUUCCUCAUCAAGCUGAUGCAGUCGACCACCAAGGAGCUCGAGACAACGCUCAUGCGCGUCGCCGAGUCGCUGUUCUAUGUCGUACGCCGGAACACCAAGCGCGCCGAAGACGACGACGCAAUCGCGGCGCUCGUGCGCGACGGGGACCGCGCCGUCGAGGUUGUGGCGGAGCUCAUGGCGCUGUUUAAUGAGCAGAUGGCUACGGGGGAGGUGGUCUUACGGGGGUGGAACAGGACGUGUGUGGUUGUGUUGUGGCGGUUUCUAGAGACUGGUAUCUUCAACUACUUUAGGGAGAAGGAGAGGAUGCUGGAGAGGCGGUAUGGUGUCAUCAAGUUUCGCAAGGAGCUGGCGACGCUGUGCGCGCUUGUGGGGUGGACGUUGCAUAGAAUGGGAAGCUACUGGAUGGCGGAUACUGCUUGA